AUGGCGUAUCAGUUACUCAUUACUGUCCUGGUCACUCUCGCGGCAAUAGCUGUCAUCCGGUUCGAGAACAGCGGAAAGGCCUCGCCCCGGCGGAGACAGUAUACCGGAAAGACUGCCCAGCAUAGUCACUUUUCAGGUAACUCCUUCGGCGUGCCGUUUGUUAAUGCGACAUACGAUUAUGUGUACUUCACACCUUUGGCCUGGAAUCCCGAUACUGUUGCAUGGAAGCUCGCGACAGGCUCGUCGGCAUCGGUCGCUGUUGUUGAAGCUGGCAGUUUCUAUCAGCUUGACAAUGGAAACGGCAGCGUCAUUCCAGCACUAACUCCACAUCAGCACAUUGGUUGGGAUCCGGAUGAUGUAGCGCCAUUGAUCGAUUGGGACUACGUGACGGAGCCACAAGCUGGCCUUAGCGAUCGUCGACUCUACUAUGCACGCGGCAAGACGAUGGGAGGGAGUAGUGCGAGGGCGCAUGGCGCGUUCAUGAGGGGCACAAAAGGCAGCUACAACGAAUGGGCCGCCAGGGUGGGAGACGCCACAUAUGAGUACCAGAACCUGCUUCCGUUCUUCCAACAGAGCUCCAAUCUCACGGCUCCGGACACUCGAAAGCGUUGGCCGACGAAUGGCACAGUGCAAUACGAUGUCGAGGCAUAUGCCACCGAUCGUCCUGGACCGUUGCAGAUAUCUUGGCCAAAUUGGGCGGUGCCGCUCGGCUCGUGGGCAGCGUUGGCGUUCGAAGGUAUCGGUCUGCCCAGGUCUGAAGCUGGGUUCAGCUCGGGCGCCCUGCAAGGCUCAGGUUGGGUGCCGGGUACCAUUGAUCCAGUGACUGCACAUCGCAGCUCUUCUCAAACCAGCUUCUGGGAGGCUGCCGCAGAUAGAACCUCGAUCAAAGCCUAUACGCGCACACUUGCACAGCGGAUAUUGUUUGAUUCGCGAAAGAGGGCAACUGCUGUCGUCGUUAUAACGGAAGGCCGGAGCUAUCAUCUGUCAGCUCGCAAGGAGAUCAUUCUAUCAGCAGGAGCGUUCAACUCUCCUCAGCUCCUCAUGCUCUCAGGCAUUGGACCAGAGCAGGAGUUGCGAUCGCACAACAUUCCGAUCGUGCAACACGUGCCGGGUGUGGGUAAGAACCUGCACGACAAGACUUACGUAGGCGUAGCCCACCGCGUGAACGUGGAAACAUCCUCAGCCAUGAUCAAUUCGCCCGUAUAUGCUGCCGCAGCUGUCAGCGACUAUCUGAACAACCAAACCGGCCCGCUGACCAACGGACCUGCUUUUGUGGCCUUCGAGAGGUUCUCCGACGAUGUGCUCACGCCCUCUGCGCGCCAAAAACUUGCGCAUGAGCUCAGCGAUGACUGGCCACACGUUGAAUAUCUUGUUGAGAAUGGCUUUUCGGGAGACAAUCGCAACUAUGCGACAGCAGAUCCCAAAGAUGGCUUCAACUACGCCACGAUCAGUGCUGCCCUGCAAGGAUCUCUUUCUCGAGGCGAGGUUCGUCUUCGAAGUUCAAAUCCUUCAGAUCCGCCGAGCAUCAAUCCCGACUACCUGCGCGAUCCGGUGGAUGUUGAAUUAGCUGUCGCGUCUUUCAAGCGCGUGCGCGAGAUAUGGAAGCAGAUGGUGAACGUUUCUUUGGGUGAAGAGUACUACCCUGGAGAGCAAGCCGUUUCUGAUGAUGGAGAAAUCUUGGAAUAUAUUCGCACGAACAGCAUCCAGAUGUGGCACGCCAGUGGGACCUGUCAAAUGGGAUCACGCGAAGACGCCAUGGCUGUCGUGGAUUCGCAGGCUAGAGUCAUCGGAGUUGAGGGUCUCAGAGUGGUCGAUGCGAGCAUCUUUCCAUUUCUGCCACCUGGGCAUCCGCUGGCCACCGUGUAUGCUCUGGCUCUGAAAAUUGGAACGAGCAUACUUGGCCAGAAUGCGUGA